AUGACGGAGCGCAGGUGCGUGUGGGCCUCGUUCAGCGGGUCCUCGGCUCCGUCCCCGCUCGGCCUGCGCCGGUUGGCUGCGACGGGCGCGGCCUCUGGGCUACAGGAUCUGUCGCGCCUGCCCGUGCGCGUGGCGCGGGCUUCCCAGAAGCACCCCCUUUUUUUGGAGGGCGCGGGCGCCCGCAAGCUUCUGCGCUUCCUGGAAGCUGUUCCUGGCGUGCUCCUGAAAAGCAAGGAUGACCAGGCGGCUGCGGAGGGCCAGGGUGUCGAGCAGGGCGAACAGGUCACGGCGGAGGCCGAGGUUGAGGCUGAGGUAGUGGCCGAGGCCGAGGCCGAGGCCUGGGCAGAGGCUGCGGCCGAAGCCGGGGCCGGGGAGGAGGAGGGAGCCGAGGCCGAGGCAGAGGGGGACCUGGCGCCCGGCGCCGAGGAGGCCGCCGCGGGCGAGGAGGAGGAGGAGAUCACGCUCGACAUCGCAGAGGAUGAGGAGGAGACGGCCGCGGCCGCCCCUGGCGAGCCCGCGGCCGCCGCCCCCGCGCGCGGCGCAGAAGCUGCUGCCGAGGGCGAGGCGGCCGCUGGGGAAGCCGCCGCGGAGCCCGCUGCGGCCGAGGACGUGGUGUGGGAGUCCGAGGAGAUCGCCCUGGACAUCGACGAGGACGGCGAGGACGAGCAGGCGCCAGCGCCCGCGGCGGCCAAGCCGCCCGGCGUCCCUGCCGCGGCUGCGCCGCCGCUGAUGCGGCCGCCCCCGGGGCCGCCCCCGCAGCAGCUGGCCGCGCAGCCUGUGCUCCUGCGGCCUGCCAGGCCGCCACCGCUCAAGCCCUCGAUGCAGAAGCCCGUCCCCUCGCCCUUCCAGAAGGCCAGCUUUCCUCCGGCGGCCUCGCAGCAGCCGCCGCCGCCCCUGCCUAGCAAGGGCGGGCUCCAGGCCGCGGCGGGCCCCGCACCGCCGCGGAGGCCGCCUCUGCCGCUCGGCCUGCCGCUGGGCCUGCCGCUCGGCCUGCCGCCGGCGCCGCAGCCGGAGGUGGACUCCGACGAGGAACUUCCAAAGGUCCACCCGCUGCUGGCCCGGCUGGUGUGCUUUCAGGCAACCCCUGCAGGGCCCAGCAGCAAGCGAAGGCGACUGCUGAAGGGCCCUGCGGGUGACCACCCUGUGGACCCCAGGUGUGCCACCACGAGCGCUCGCUGCUGGCUGUGCGCCGGAGAGGGCCACGACGGCGCCGACUGCCCCGAGAGCGCCGCCGAGCGCCUGGACUACAAGGCGGCGCAGGUUGCCAUCCGCGAGCCGCAGUCCUUCGCGCAUUCGCGCUGCCUGCGCACGGGCACGAUGGGGCAGCUGAAUUGUGGGCCGCUGCCGUACACCCUGGCCCCCGCGGACGUCGCCCAGUUCAUGCCUGCGCCCCCGCCGCUGCCGCCGCUGUUGCAGCCGGCACCGCCGGCGGCGCCCCCGCAGCGGGAGCCGGGCGUCCCCGAGUGGGCGGUGGAAGAGGCCGCCCGGCGAGACGGCGGCCUGGCGCUCGGAGGCAGCGCAAAGAGCGCCAUGGGCACCGGCGCCAAGAGCGCCGCCCUGGGCGCGGGCGCGAAGAGCGCCAUGGGCGCUGGCGCGAAGAGCGCCAUGGGCGGCGGCGCGGCGAGCCUCGCGGGGCCGCUGGCUCCCAAGCUGGUGCCCGACGGGGCGCAUGGCGGCGCGCGUUGGGCGUCUCGUGCCGCGCCGCAGGAGCGCGCCCGGGGGCCACCGCCGAAGGGCCCCCCCGCUUCGCCGCAGGUCAGCGGCGCUCGGCCGACGCUCCCUGCCAGGAGGCCAGCACCAGCGCCCCCCGCCACAGGCAAGAAGACGUCGCUGGCGGCCCUGGCCGCGGAGCUCGGGAAGAGUUCUUCCAAGAAGGCCUCGAAGGCCGUCGUCACCACGCAGAAGGCUGGCACCACUGUGCCCGAGGCGGCAUCCAAAGGCAAGGCUGGGUGUGCGGGCGGCCCCUCGAAGGCGCCGGCGCCCCGCGGCGGCAAGGCCCCCAGCGGCGGCACGCCGGCGCCGCCGCCGGCCAAGCUGCCGCCACCGAAGGCCGCCGCGGCGAGCGAAAGGCCCCCGAAGGCCGGCGCAGCGCCGACCGCAAAGGGUGCGGAGAGGCUGGCGAUCGCCAAGGUGCCGCCCCCCGGCGCCGGGCCGCGCCCCAAGCGGCCCGCGGCCACCGCGGCGGGCGGGGCCCCGGCGGCGAAGGAUGUGGGCCAGCCGCCUUGCAUCGUCGCGACGGGCGCCGCGUGGCUGAGGGCGGUGCAGAGUAUUUGCGCAUUGCGCUGCGCGGGCUGCUCCUACAAGUGGAACUUCAAAAGCCGCAUCGAGUGCUACCUGUGCAGCAAACCCGUCAAGCCCGCGGAGACAGAACGUCAGGCCAUGCGCGCGCAUCUGGUCGGAGGUCUGGGCCAGGAUGGAGGACACCAGGUCGCUAAGGUCGCCUCCCACACCUCCAAGAUCAAGCGGGCGUUGCCCUCGCAGGAGUGCCAAGGGCACAUGAAGCACAACGGCCCGGCGGACAACGCGGCCCUGUCCGACGGCAUCUUCGGCCACGGUGUAAGUCUUCCAAGUGAUCACACGGACCCUCCGACUCCGCGCAACAUCGCUGGACCAAGAGGAAGUGCGCAUUAG